AGGAGAGCACCUGUCUCAGUGUUGUCCUGUUGUUGUUUAGGUACAGGUUGGCGCCCUCUCGGUCAGCCCGCCACUGCCAGCGCACGCUCCCCAAGCCGCAGCCGGAGCCGCAGCCAAGAACCGCGCUCUUCUCCACCAUGACCGGAGAUUUCGGGAACAAGAAGGACGACGGGAAAGGCGAAAAUAGAACAGAGAUCUUCACCAUAUCAGUUACUCAUGGAGACCCCAAGAAGGCGAGAGCGGCGCCCAUCCCCAACUCGGCGUCCAUCCCCAACUCGGCGUCUGUCGCGUCCACCUCGGUGCUUGUCCUCAGCGCCAGUAGCCGCCUGUCCCGGCCGAGCUCGCGCUACCGCAACCUCAUCGCCUACUGGAUCCUCGGGCUGUGCAACAACUAUGGCUACGUCGUCAUGCUCUCGGCCGCCUACGGGAUUCUCCACAAGGAUGAGACCAAAACGGAGAUCGAAGGAAAUCGCCACUGCAACGAGCUUUCGACCGGCGCAGUCCUGCUGGCCGACAUUGUCCCCAGCCUCUUCAUCAAGUUUGUCUCGCCCUUCUUCCCGCUCUUCAUCCACACACGUCUGGCGGCGGUGGUCAUGCUCAACGUGUCCGGCUUCCUGCUAGUGGCGUACGCCGAGCAGCUCUGGGUGGCGCUGUCGGGCGUCGUGUGCAUGUCGCUGGCCUCUGGGCUGGGCGAGGUGUCCCUGCUGGCCUACACCGCCUUCUUCAAGGACAAGGCGGUGAUCACCAUGUGGUCCUCUGGCACCGGCGGUGCCGGCGUGCUCGGCUCCGUCUCGUUCCUCGUCCUGAGCGAGGUGCUGAUGCUGUCCUCUAGGGACACCCUCCUAGUCAUGAACGUGGCCCCUUUCCUGAUGGCCGUGGCGUUCUGGGUGAUACUGGUGCGUCCACGACUCGACUCCUCCGAUGACGAGGAGACCCCCGUCACGGCCCAGAAGGAGAAGGCCGUCAUCGUCAAGGUGCACGACGACGUGCCGACCCAGGCGACCAACGCCUCAUUCUUGGACAAGCUCCGCGACGUGCCCCCGCUACUCAAGUUCAUAGUUCCGCUCACGUUUGUGUACUUCUUCGAGUACUUCAUCAACCAGGGAUUGUUUGAGCUAAUCCACUACAACGACCAGGAGUCGUGGCCACUACAGUACAAAGUAUUCCAGUCAGUCUACCAGGUGGGCGUGUUCUUGUCCCGCUCUUCCGGCAGCUUCUUCCACAUUGAGAAAAUAUGGAUCUUGUCUGUGCUGCAGGGCGUGAACGUGAUUUACUUCAUGACGGAGGCGAUAUACGGAUAUUCCUCCUCGAUGUACGUUGUCGCCGCUCUCGUGUUGUGGGAAGGGCUGCUCGGGGGCGCCGCCUACGUCAACACGUACUUCUGCAUAUCAAAACAGAUCGCACCGGAGAAACGCGAGUUCUCCAUGGCCAUGUCCUCGGUCGGGGACGCCGUCGGCAUCUCGGCGGCGGGCUUCGUCGCCAUGCCGGUCCACAACGCGCUGUGCAGGUUGCCCUCGCCCAUGCUCUAGCGGCGAUUUCAGCACGUCAGGUGUCACUUCAUCCUCGCUGAGGCCGGGCAUCCAUGGCUGCUAAUGUGGCUGUCUUGCCAAAACGGUGGCGCUUCCGCCUCUAGUAUUUUGAGUAAUAGUUACCAUAUCUAUCGCAGUUAGUGAAUUAGGCACUUGGUGUAACUGACCGACGUGGGUUGUAACGAACGUUAGUGUUCGGGUUUUAACAACGACUGUGCUACCCUCUGGGACCAUGUCUCGUAGAGGACCCACUCAGAAACCUGUAUUUGUUAUGAGUUUUCUCAAAUGGUUAGUUCCUGCUGUGUCAGGAAAGCCUUAUUGAGUAUCUAUUUAAGGAAAGGAUGCUGUGAUGAGUUUAUUUAUGUAAGAGGGCCAAUUUCCCAUAGGAAACAGUUGUGCUUCCCACAUUUUCAUUCCACAGAACUUUUCCAGAAGAGGUGCACAAUGCUACAUUGCACAAUACUAUCAUCUCAUUUAUACAGUUUUUAUUUCUGUACAGUAUUCUUCUUCAAUGCGAAGAAAUCAUACGCUUAGAGAGAUUUUAGGUCGGUCUAAUAUGCAUCAUAUUUUAUGAUGUACUUUUAGGUGCUAAUUUUUUAAAUGUUAAAAUGUGCAUUGCGCAAUACAUAAGUGAUAUUAGGAGAUAAUCAACUGAAAAUGAUCAAGUCUUAUGCGAUUGAGUUUUGAGAAAUUUUAAUUAUUUUAAUUCAUGACGUAAGAAAUUUUGUAUGUUAUUUCAUCAGCACUUAUCCAGUUCCUGGACUGAAAAAGUGCGUAAUUCUAAGUCAGUCACGCGAGAGAUACCUGAUCAAACUGCGAUAUUGUACAUUAUUUAUUUAUAUUCAAGUAUUUUAAGUGUAGUACAAGUAGUACAAAAUAAGUAUAUUUCUUGUCCAAGUGUAGUUUUUCUAAACAAAUUCUAUUUCUGAACUGGCUUUGAUUCUUCCUUUUGUACAUAUUAUUUAUACUUGUAUUUAAUAGCCUCCAUACUUCCAUCAAUCUUUCCCUCCCACCGUGUUUUUAACCAAGUAGGAAGAAGGGCGUCGUAACGUAACGUAACUUGUGAGAAAAAGCGCAAAUCCAGAAAAUUAAAUUGGAAUUUUCAAAGCUUUUUUGGAAACUUUCCCUUCUUGUUCUUCGAAGAACAGAUCUCUAAAACUCUGCCAGAGAGAUGAAAAUGCUUCAAUGACGCUUGAAAUUUGCAUUUUUAAUUUCCUUUAUGUUCUUUUUUUCGUUAUGCGUUAAGUUACGUUACGACGCCAUGGUAGAAAGUCAGUGUUUUCUUUUAUCAUUCUUACUUGUUGUGUGAUGUUAUGCCCAUAUCAUCCUAAUUACUAGAUGCAGUAAUAACUAUAAAUUUUUUAUACUUCAAAAUUUUGAUAACGGUUAGCAAAGUUUAGUUAGAAUGCAUUCCUUGUUUAUUUGUAUUCAUCAGCAAUAAAAUGUUGAAUAAAUAUUUUUUUUAACGUUAA